AUGAACAUUGAUGCUUAUAGUUCAACAUGCCAGAAAUCUCUCUCAUGUAGUGAUGAGUCCCUACACUGUGAUUUCCUUACAGAAUCUCUAUUCGAUGAAAGGUCACUACUCACUUUCUUCAAUGAUGCUGAACAGAGGGAUAUCAAGUCGAGAAUUAUUAGGAAUGCGCUAGCUGAUCAUAAUUUGGACGGCCUUACUAGGCUUGGCUCCAGUAACUUCGGUUUCGUGACGACAGACCUUAGGAGUGAUUGCUGGCUAAUGCUUCUAAUGGACCAACUGAAAUUGAGCAAAAAAGAGGAGGAACAGUUUCUUGGCGAAUGUGGCAAGGAACAUGUUGACGAGAAUCAAGUAUAUCUGGAUGUCAAGAGAUCGUUUACGGGAGUUACUGAUCCAGACAGGAAGGAAAUGCUGAGAAACCUACUUCAAAAUAUAAUCGUUAGGUUGCUGAGGAAAUAUCCCAAACUCAGAUAUUACCAAGGUUACCAUGAUGUUGUUUCUGUAUUUGUGACAGUAUUUAUUGAGGGCCAUGAGUACCAUGGAUUCGCACAAGGGGAGGAAAACCUAUCUCUCAGUGAUAUGACCAGUAAGGGAGACGAGAAUUACUCUGCCUCAGAAGUAGGAAGUAAUCAUGAUAGUUCCGCAUCCACAGAAUGUUAUGAGGGAGAGCUCAGUGAGAAGACGAUUGUCUCUAAAGACAAGCUGUUCAGAUGCGUUGAAGCAUUUACGCUGCUAUACCUACGUGACUUCAUGAUGAACUCGCUAGAUUUCCCAAUUGAUCAACUUAAUGUCAUCCCACAAAUGAUCAAAUCGAGGGAUAAACAAUUGUUCAAGAAACUACAUUUGGACAAGAUAGAACCAUUCUUUGCCAUCUCCUCAAUACUGACCAUUUACUCUCACGAAUUGAAGCCUGUUGAGAAUCAACCGAAUGCACCAAUCUUUCUAAUCUUUGACUACGUCAUCUCAUCACAAUCAAUGCUGGUUCCAUUGACUAUGUACUCCACACUCAUACUGGAUAAUAAGGACAAGAUUCUGAGAGAAAUCGCAUUGAAUGUGGACAAUUUUGAGAAUACGGUAGAUCUUGUUCAUGGGGUAAUGCAACAAGUUCUCACAUCAGCUUCCUACGAUGAAGGUGUCUGGGAAAAAGUAUUACGUCUCGUAAGGUCAACAUCCUCAAAGGAUAACGCUAGCAAAUACAAGAAAGUCUUCAACAAAUUCAGCACUAUUUUGACAACUGCUUCAGGGCCAAAGUCAAGCAUGGGUUAUAAUCUCGAAUAUGUGACAGACCUUUUGGAUAAAGAAAUUAACGAGAAUGCCAAACGAAAAGCGAUACAGCGAGAGAGAAGAUUGCAUCCUCGCGAGUCAAAACCGUUGGUUCGACUCUUCUUGUACGCGCAUAAUCACACAAUUCCCUUCAUAUGCCGAGUUUCUUUACUUAUCGGGUUGAUGGCAUUACUAGUCAGAGCUUACAGAGGCGGCCAAGUUAAGGCUCUAAUGCCUACUGCCAAAAUAUUCAUGCGAAAAUUUCAAGGUUCCUCUAUUGCAGGUCUGUAUCGAGGGACUAAAAUUAUAUGGCUGGAUCCAUUACACGAAUUGCUGAAAGGCUCACUGUUAAGUAAAUCUUCAACCUCUUCCACUGUAAGUAAAUAG